UGGUUUACCAAUUCAUGGCUGGCAUUUUGUCAAGUGAGGGAAAAGAGGAACUGAUGAAAAAGUUGUUGACCAGUAGACAAGUUUCACGGAAUAAUACUAGAUUUCUCAGAGCAAAGUGUCUGAGUGAGUACCAAGACAAACAAUUCGCUAAAACGUUUAUUAGGAAUCAUCCGCAAGCGUUCAGUAGUUCACACGGCAUCAUGUAUUUUGAUGGUUUAUCAGAUAUAGACAGCAUUGCAGUAUCAUUUGUAUUGGACAUUAUCAGUGAACUAAACAAAGAGAAAGCUGGAGAGGCAAAACACACACCAAAAAAAAAAAAAAUAUUCUGAUAACCUCGUCCCAGUUAAGGAUUUGAGACUUUUUCAUUCCCAACUAACAAUGUCUGGAAUGCAACGAGUCCGUAAUUCACUGAUCAAUGAACACUCUCUUGUGUCUCAAUUGAUUAUAGGAGGAUCAGUCGUAAGUAAUACCGGUGUUGCCAGUCUGUGUGAAGCUUUACAGCAUCCAAGCUGUAAGCUAACCACACUAAUACUGAGUUAUAAUAAAAUCACUGAUACCGGUGUUGCCAGUCUAUGUGAAGCUUUACAGCAUCCAAGCUGUAAGCUAACCACACUAAAUCUGAGUGAUAAUGAGAUCACUAGUACUGGUGUUGCCAGUCUAUGUGAAGCUUUCCAGCAUCCAGGCUGUAAGCUAACCACACUAGAUCUGAGUUCUAAUGACAUCACUGAUACCGGUGUUGCCAAUCUAUAUGAAGCUUUACAGCAUCCAAGCUGUAAGCUAACCACACUAGAUCUGAGUUAUAAUGACAUCACUGAUACCGGCGUUGCCAAUCUAUAUGAAGCUUUACAGCAUCCAAGCUGUGAGCUAACCACACUAAAUCUGAGUUAUAAUGACAUCACGGAUACCGGUGUUACCAGUCUAAGUGAAGCGUUACAGAAUCCAAGCUGUACGCUAACCAGACUAGAUAUUCGGAGUAGAUCUGAGUUAAAAAAAAAAUCUGUUCAAGCCAUAGUGGAGAAAUAAGACCACGUUUAGAACUUACAAUUUAGAAAUAUAGCACUUUCUGUAAAAGUGGGAAGCAGCGUCAAACUAAUCUACAUCAUUAGCUUACAAGAGAUCUCCCCAAUUUAUUUUAAUGAUCUUAAUUUUAAGCUAAAUCUUAAAUUAGGAACAGUUACGAAAUGGUUGGAAACAAGAUAUUUUGAAUCAUUACUGAUCAUAGUAGUUCUUUAUGGUAAAAGGCGGUCGUGAAAGCAGCUUGAAGCCUGAAAACGUUAAUAGUUUUUGU